UUUAGGAAAUAAGUAAAAACUUACGUCCGGUCAUCAAAUAAAAUACAGGCCCAGAAGAGAGAAUUUUUAACAGAAAAUGCUUGCAAUAACAAUAAUAGAUUAACUCACUCAAUUUACAAAUGACAUUUAAGCUUGAUUUUUAAUUUAUGCUAGCGAAAUGACUUCCGAAACAGAAAAAGAAUUUGCAGAAUAUGAUUCGAGCAAUAGUUGGAAUGAAAUAUUUCAGAGGUUAAAAAAUGAAGCAUCACUUUUGACUUUAAGUGAUGAUUUUUCAACUAAAGAAGCAAGAGAUCCAGACAACCGCCGCAAGAACCGAUAUAGAGAUGUCAGUCCUUAUGAUCACAGCAGAGUGAAAAUUUCUGGAGAAAGUGACUACAUCAAUGCUAGCUUAAUUGAAGUGCCAGAAGCCAACCGAAAAUAUAUAUUAACCCAGGGCCCUUUGGAACACACAAUGGCUGACUUCUGGCAAAUGACCUGGGAGCAAGAUGCUAGGGCUAUUGUUAUGCUGAAUAGAGUUAUAGAGAAAGGCUCAUGGAAAUGUUCACAGUACUGGCCACUAGGAGCAGACUAUGGGUGUGAGGAUGAGAUGGUGUUUGAAGAAUGUGGUCUCAAAAUAACACUUUCAGGCGAACAGGACUAUCAGCAUUUUACUCUCAGGACUUUAGAACUUGAAAAGAUUGAGACUGGAGACAAAAGAGAAGUGCUACACUUUCACUACACCACUUGGCCAGACUUUGGUGUUCCCUCGUCCCCCUAUGCUUUUCUCCACUUUCUUCACUGUGUUAGACAUACAGGAUCCCUAGAGAGCAAUGUUGGACCUGCCAUCAUUCACUGCAGCGCUGGCAUUGGACGUUCUGGCACUUUUUGUUUAGUAGAUUCAUGUCUUAUUUUGGUUGAAAACCGGGGCAGCCUUGAAAGCAUCAAUGUGAAAGAAAUGCUCCUGCAGAUGAGGUCGUAUCGCAUGGGUUUGAUUCAAACUCCUGAUCAGCUGAGGUUUUCUUACCUAGCCAUUAUUCAAGGUGCUCAGGCUAUUUUAAAUGGAAUUGGGCUGAACAGUCUUCAAAAUCAUUUGGAAGGACCUCCUCCACCCCCGGAACGCACUACCAGUCUUUUUCCCCCUAAACUGGAGAUUCCCAAUGUUAAUAGUUUGUUAGAGAAUAUUGACAACAACCCACCCCCCAUUCCUCCUAAAAAGAGCCCCCUUCAAAGACAGCCAGGACAUUCAGGGUGGGAUCCUGAGGAUGAUUCAUCGGAUGAAGAUCUUGUGGAUAAUUUCAAAGAUGAUGAAAAUGUGGAUGAAGAGCUGGAAAAACUCAUUGAUAGAGAUGAGGAUGUAGAAAGACCAAUUGAAAAUCCUGCAGAUGCCAAUGGGGCCAUUGUGGACAGUGAAGAAGAAAGGGCUAAGGCAGAAGAAAUGAGACACAGAAUCAGGGAAGAACGAAAACGUCUGACCAAAAAGAAGUUAGAUGAAAUGAAGGAGCGUCAAAGAAAAAGCGAGAGAUGGCGUCCUUACAGACCCUAUUUUCGUCCUGCAGUUUACUUUGGUAUCGCAGUGCUAGUUGGGGUGGCUGGUGUUUUGGUGUACAAGUAUAUGAUUUGAUUUGGCAUCUCAUUUUUCUCUCUCAUGCUUAGCUUUGUGUAUUGAAGAAAGUGAGGUCUUGCUAUAUACUAAGGAUGAACUUGCCUGAGUGUGUGGCUGUGACUACUUCUUUGUGCAUGUACACUUCACCAUCACAAACAGGAUCUAUAUUUUGUAUAUUUGUAUUUAAAAAAGGGGUCUAAAUAGGGCACUGUUUCUCUUUUCAUUUUUGAUGCCUGCCAUUGUUUCAGUGUGUUAAGGAUAAAAGUGCUGUUGCCAGAACUAGCAACCAUUUGUUAUGAAUAUGAUAUUGCUACUCCCUUAGGACAUCUUGAUUACAUACUGUAAAAAUAAGAUUUUGACAGAAUACAAAGUUCCUAAGAAUUCAAUAUAAUUGUCUUCUAAGAAAAUUGUAGGAUUACCUACUAAAAUAUGUCUUGUUUCAAUCUUUGUUGAUACUAGUGAUUUGAAUAUUUGUUAUCUCAGCAUUUCAAAACAAUAUCUGUGUCAGUCUAUUGAAAAUUAUAUUUGUUUUCUAUCCCUCAUCUCCUAUUGUGUUUGUUUACCAAACUUUGAAUCAAAAUGUACAAUUUUCACCUUUGGUAGAGACAGCAUUAGGCUCUGCUGAAGUUUAGGGUUCUUAUAUUAUUUCUUCUCACUAGAUCAGUAUUCAUCUAUUUCUUUUGUUUAACAUGUUCAAUAACCCAUUGAUUUUUACUAAUAAAUACUCACUGCUGUUAAGUUGGUCACAAGUUAAUUUUUGGCAAACUAGUAUCAAAUUAUUGAUUCCGGUACCUACAAUUACAAUUUUUAAAAUGUUAAUUAUUUUGAUAGGGAAUAUUUAGGACAAAUAAUUUUUUUUUAUAGUGACCAUUGCUUGCUGAUUCAGUUAUGUGAAACAUUGCCAUUGUGUACAAAUGCUACAUUUUUGCUUUUCUUUUCUAAUCAUUUUGAUUAAAAAUAAAAUGUUAAACAAUUGUAUUAAAUUACUCUUGAACAUUUUGCAGUUGUAGUAUAGUUUUACUUAUUAAAGUAUGUUUAGUUUAGUUAAAUACUUUUAUAAUAUUUUUUAUUCAAGAAAAAUGUAUCCCUCAGAAUACAUUUUUAAAAAUUUCAAAUAAGGUAUAAAAAAUGUAUGACUUUAAAAGUAAUUUUUUUUAAUUAUUAAAUACUACCUAUUUGUGGUUAUUUAAAAUAAAUUAAUCGAGAACUCCAUUUAAGAAGCUGGUUUGGCUUUGAUCCUAUUUUAUACCCCCAGUUGUUACUACUGAAAAAUCCACCUCUUGAAUGCUAUUCAGUUUUCUGUUGAUCAUGCUCAAAGUGUUAUGAUGUAAAUGGUUCAGUCCAAAAUCUUUCUGGAAUCUCAAAAUUUCUUUGAUUACUUCCAUUUUGUUUUUAGUACAUACAGAAAACUUUUUGUUUUAGAAAUUGUAGGAACUUUCAAUGAAGCAUCUGAACCCUAAAUGCAGAUAAGACCUCAUUGAGCCCAUGUAUGAGUAGAAAAUAAGACCUGGUGCAGGGCUUUAUGUUUUGUAUAUAAAUAUGUAGAGCAAGAGGAAGCAUUUGGUUUCUCAAGGUUAACUUAGUCAUUAAACCAAAAUAGUUUCUACUUAAAUUCAUUCAAAACUUCAUUCUCAAAGCUUUGGCCAUAUUUCCAUCAAAUUGUUCUGGCUUCAUCUCAUCUCUUCCUUAGUAUUACAAUUUGAUCUUUCCUUUCACAUGCCCUGCUGCAGUUCUAGCCAAUGUAAAUACUUGAACUGACUGUAAUCAAGCAGCUAAUUACUGUAUGCUUUUUUCUAUUCAAACAUGCUGUUGUCUUGUUGACUGUAACAUCCAUGUUAUUAUAAAUUUGUUUAAAAACUUUGGAAAGCAAAUGUGCCUAAUAAAACAAUUAUUUAUUA